CACCGGCAGAAUGGCGGACAUCCAACGAGCUCAGUUGACUUCAGAGGCAUCCUGGAAACAGUUGCAAAAUUACUUUGACAGCAAUGGCUCAAAUCUUAAUAUGCCUCAAAUGUUCAAGGAAGAUCCAAAGCGUUUUGAAAAAUUCAGCACAACACUCAAAACCAAGGAUGGCGACCUCUUGCUGGACUAUUCCAAAAAUCUUGUCAAUGAAGAUGUGAUGCAGAUGUUGUUUAGCCUGGCUCGGGAACGGAAGGUGGAAGAGAUGCGGGCUGCCAUGUUUAGUGGUGAGAAAAUCAACUUCACAGAGAGCCGAGCAGUUUUACACACCGCCCUGAGAAACAGAUCAAAUACCCCUGUCUUUGUGGAUGGAAAAGACGUGAUGCCAGAUGUGAAUAGUGUUCUACAACACAUGAGAGAGUUCUCUGACGCUGUUCGUAAUGGCAAUUGGAAGGGAUAUACUGGGAAAGUUAUCACCGAUGUGGUUAACAUUGGUAUUGGUGGGUCGGACUUGGGACCCUUGAUGGCAACAGAGGCCCUAAAGAAAUACAAGUGUGGCCCCAACACCCACUUUGUGUCAAAUAUUGAUGGCACACACAUUGCAAAGACACUCGAGAAUCUCAGCCCAGAAACCACACUGUUUAUCAUCGCCUCUAAGACCUUUACCACACAAGAAACUAUCACAAACGCAACGACAGCAAAGCUGUGGUUCAUGGAGACUGCCAAAGAUCCGGCAUUUGUUGCAAAACAUUUUGUAGCUUUGUCAACUAACGCAACCAAGGUCAAAGACUUUGGAAUUGACGAGAAGAACAUGUUUGGAUUUUGGGAUUGGGUCGGAGGCCGUUACUCACUCUGGUCAGCCAUCGGCUUGUCCAUCGCUCUCCAUGUUGGAAUGGACAACUUUGAAGAGAUGUUGGCUGGUGGACACUUCAUGGACAACCACUUUCGUACUGCACCGAUGGAACAAAACAUUCCCAUUCUGCUGGCACUGAUUGGAAUAUGGUACAACAACUUCUACAAGGCAGAGACACAAACACUGCUGCCUUAUGAUCAGUACCUACACAGGUUUGCUGCCUACUUCCAACAAGGUGACAUGGAGAGCAAUGGCAAGUACAUCACACGCAGUGGACAAAAAGUAGACUACAAGACUGGACCGGUCAUCUGGGGAGAGCCUGGCACCAAUGGUCAACAUGCAUUCUACCAACUUAUACACCAAGGUACCAUGUUGAUCCCAUGUGACUUUCUGAUGCCAGUGGAAUCACUCAAUGAUGGACAGAAUGGCCUGCAUCAUCAGAUUUUGUUGGCUAACUUCCUGGCACAGACAGAGGCCCUGAUGAAGGGUAAAACUACUGCUGAGGCACGAGCUGAGCUGGAGGCAUCUGACAUGAAUCCAAAGGAUUUAGAACAUAUACUUCCACACAAGGUGUUUGAAGGCAAUAGACCAAGUAACUCUAUCCUGUUUCAGAAACUUACGCCAUUUACCCUAGGUGUCCUCAUAGCUAUGUAUGAAAUGAAGAUCUUUGUGCAGGGCACAAUCUGGGACAUCAACUCAUAUGACCAGUGGGGGGUUGAACUAGGUAAACAACUAGCCAAGGUCAUCCAGCCUGAGUUAGCAGACAAGACACCAGUGUCUAGCCACGAUUCCUCAACUAACGGUCUCAUUAACUACAUCAUGGCACACUCAUCCUAAAUACAUUAAGGGUCAAGGUCACUGGUCUAUCCAGAGUCAAGGUCACAUGUUAACUUAGGUCGCAUUUGACUGGAAAUGUUUAGCCUAGAUAUCUGAAAAACCAAUUUAUAAUUAUGCACCAUGGAAGUUUAAAUGCCGUGGGUAUUUUAAUUUGUUAAUGUUGUUUUGUUAUUGAAUCAGUGCAAAACAAUUCAAUUUUUCCAGUCUGUGUGUGGAAAUGUGAUCAACUUCUAAUGUCUUGUUGCAAGUGUUUAAAGGUUUAGAAUCUCAACAUGUGACAAUAAAUUGAAAUUUUGUUUACAUUUUAAACUGAUCACUCAAUACUUUAGUAAAUUUGAAAUGUUAGGAAUAUUUGACAAUUCGGAAUAAAAUUGAAGAUUUUUACCACACAGCCUUGCGGGAAGUAGUUGUUGGCAGAUACAGAAUCCUGCAUACCUUUGACCUCUUUGAUAGAAGAUAAAAGGAAUCACUUUUAGUGACUUAACAGAUAGAUUCUCUUUAGUUGCUGUUGAUGGCUAGCUGUAAGCCUUUAAUUUUGUUACAACAUAAUCUGAGGGUUUGUUAAGAAGUUGCAAUUUCUCAUUUCUUUUUGGAUCAGUUCUGUGACAAUCAAUACCCAUACAACAGUCCUGAAGUCAAUCACACAUGUUCAUGUUAUGAAACCAAGUUUAUAAGGGUAUAGACCUUAAUCAGGUUUCCAGUGGAUGAAAACUUUAAACAGCCAACUGCUAUCUAUUUUGCCCUUUUCAACCAUGAACAGUCAGAAGGAGCAUUCAACAAAUGAUGAUGGCAAUAAUAUGUUUUUGUAUAUCAUUGCAGUUGUUAGAAUUAUGAAACAAACUGAAAGAUAUUUAAUUGUAUUACAUUGUUGAAAAAGGGAUGGAUGCGUAUUUGGAGGGCUGACAAUUUUUUGUUUGUUUAUAUGUCUUUCUUAAAGUUCAGAUGAUCAAUUUUGAGCUAUCAAGUUCAAAUGGUUUUAAGUGUUGCAGAAAAUAGAGUGCAAUUUCUAAUUGAGUUUCAUCAAGAAGUUAGUUUUGUUUGUAUAUAAAAAUUAUAUUCUUGAAUAUUUUAUUCCAGUCUCCCUUUGUUUAAACAUUGACAUGAAGGUUCCAUUACUUAAGUUGUAGGUUUUGGCAUCUUAUAGCUGUUAACCACGACAUUUUACCAAACUAACUCCAUAUUGUAUCUGUUAUGUAUCCCUGUUAAUGCAGAAUGUGAUCUCCAUGUACCUAUCUUCAAAAUAGGGGAGAAGAGGUGUGAACAAUGUUAAUAUUAAAAAUAGGUCAAGGGUUGAAGGUCAAGGUUUGACCAUGAGGAUGAAAGAGAAACAGCCUGAGGUGAAAAUUGGGGAGAAUACUGUCAAAAACUGGGAGGGUUGAACUUUUUGGAUAUAAAAGACAAUAAAAAGUAAACCACAACAAAGUUAGAUAUUUCAUACUUAAAAGUAUAAACACAGAGAUAUCACUGAAGCUGUCUAAACCUGCUGUUUUAUGUCAGGCCUGAAGAAAUUAAGGAUUUGACAGGUUGUUUCCAGAAUUGUCAUCUUUCUGUUAGGACUGACUAGAUAUAAAACUAAUGGUUAGAUUGUGCCGUUGAAGUCUAUGUGGCACAAAAUUUACCAACAUAUAGAGUUCACCUUGUAUAUCAUGGAUUUCUUUAUCACUAAUAUUCUAGUAUUGUUUAGUUUUGAACUUUAAGGGUAAGGAUAAGUAUUAUGUCCAAUAGUUAAAAUGUAGAAAUGCCAAAUUUACUGUUUAUUUUUGUUCUAUCCCUCCCCCAGGAAGUUAAAAUGGACUUUUUCAAGUGUAUCUGAUUCCAUUGUGUGUACUUUUGUAUUUUUUCCAUUGUGUUCAUUUAUUGUGGAAUUGAAAAAUAUGUUUUGGGUAGUAUGACCUAACAUGGCAGAGGUUGGUUGUAUUGUACAAUGUAACAUCCAAAAUAGAUCUGCAAUAGUGUUCUCACGUUGUAAAGUAGAUAUAUGUCUAAAUAAUAUUUAAGUAUCAAGUUUAUUUCAGAUUUUUUUUUAGCGCAUGUACUACAUACUGUUUAAAAAAAAAACAAAAAGGAAAAAUAAGGAAAAAACAGAUACAUGACUGUAUUCUGUGAGGUAUUUUUGUGUUUGGAUGAUGUUCAGUGCUGGUAAGAAAAUGUAUUUCUUGGAUUGUUGUACUUUAUUGUUCAAUAUUCCAUGGUGAGCCAUUUAUAUAACAUCUUUUGUUUGGGUGUUAUGUAUUAUUAGUACAAAUCACAUUUGUACAAUUAAAAACAGGACAGACAUGUGUUAAUUAACAUCUAUUCAAACUUUGUUUUCUUGAACUUACAGUGUAGUUAUCCUGCUGUUUAUAAGGAUACAAUGUAGGAGUGCGUUUGUUUUUAUAGUGCAAGUAAUUGUCUGGAAUUUUGUGAUGCAAACAUUCACCUAGCAUGACAUGGUGCAAAUAUCUUUCUAGAAAUAUAUGGUGCAAAUACUGUAAUGUUGUCUUGUGCAAAUAAUGUGAUAUUUGAUCUUGUUCAAACAAGUCUGUCUAGUUGUAUUGUUGAUCCUUGUUUUUGUGAUCUGUUACACAUCAGGACAUGUGUAACUUUAAAAUUUUACUGCAGUCUUAAAAGUCUAUUUUACAAUAUCUGUAAUAAUGGUGUCUUUACCCUGUAAUAAGCCUACAAGCAAGCACCCAAAUUCUAGCUUAACUGUCAGGGGGUGGACUAAUUAAAGAGCAAUGAAAUAGCUUAUGUUAAUAAAAGAUUGGCUAUUACGAGACAUGGGCUUAUUACUGGAUAGUUAUACUCUUAAAGAAGUUCCAAAGUGGCUAUUACGAGACAGGGGCUUAUUACUGGAUAGUUAUACUCUUAAAGAAGUCCCAAAGUGACUAUUACGAGACAGGGGCUUAUUACUGGAUAGUUAUACUCUUAAAGAAGUCCCAAAGUGGCUAUUACGAGACAGGGGCUUAUUACUGGAUAGUUAUACUCUUAAAGAAGUCCCAAAGUGGCUAUUACGAGACAGGGGCUUAUUACUGGAUAGUUAUACUCUUAAAGAAGUCCCAAAGUGAUAAACAAAUGUAUAUUGGUAAAUAAUCUGCAAAUAAAAUUCAAUAUUUAA